GCCGCGACACCCACACGUUUGUCACUCGUCUCGUUCUCCGCUUGUAUACCGCUCUUGUUGUGCUUCGCAGAAAUGGCUGAGGAUUCGUCAUUCAUCUGGCUUCGGCCGGCCACGGAUUUUGAGGCUGUUCAGAACUCUGCCAACAAAAAAGGCUAUUUCGUAACUGUGUAUGGGUUAACGUUACGCUCCGCUGUGCCCCUCACCGAAGACCACAUCAAACGUGCACUGCUGCACACCUGCAGGAAAGUUCCAACCCUGAGGAUGUGCUUCCGAAAACGGAGUAAUAUUCUGUGGGCUUGUGACAUGAACCGCGAGGAGCUCAAUUUCCAGGUGAUGGACACAACAGACGUGACCCAGGCCAUAGAAUCGCUGCUACAUCACAAAUUCCCCACCACUGAUGGCCCACUAUGGUGCGCCCGCGUCCUGCCUUGUGACGCCACUGUCCCUAGUGUACGACCAGAACUGGAUGCCGACUUUCCUCACACCCGUCUGAUGCUGCUUGCUAACCACCACGGUAUCGCUGACGGUACCACAAACAUGUUCAUUACGGACGCGUUUCUUCACAUCUUGGACAACGUGGUCACUGGCACUGCAAUCGACGACACAGUUCAGCUUGGGAGGCUGGUCGCCGGAGAGGAGACAGAUGCCAUACUUAAUGCCAGGAAAGCUGAUCUUGAAAAGGACGAGAAUCACCUAAAGCUGCUGAUGGAUAAAAUUAAGAAGUUGAAGACUGAAGAGAAACUUAUUCCUCGAGUUUAUCUGAUGCCCAUGGACCCCAACUUCAGGUGUCAGAUUGUUUUGGCGGACCUGGACAGGGAAACAACCCAGAGAUUCAUAAAGAAAUGCAAGAAAGAGCAAGUCACCGUGAACAGUGGUCUGGUGGCUGUGUUCAACGUGGGUCUCGUUGACUUUCUACGAGAGGGAGGCCUUGAGCAGGACGAGUACCACAUUAACGACGUUACUGGUCAGGCGACACGGCAGGGACCUUGGGCGUGCACAUGA